AUGUCUCUUUCUGUACUCUUCAGAACACUCUCCGUCAGACCUUCUCAGUUGUGCGUUUCUCGCGCUGUUGGUGGUCAGUGCAAGUCUCACUGCUCUAACCACCAGUGCAGGUCUGGCUGCUGUACCCAUAAAUGUACACCUGCUUGCACUAGCCAUCGUCUUUUUUCCACCGCACUACCAAAUGCAAACCGAAGCAAGACAGUUGGAUUCAUCGGUCUUGGUCAAAUGGGUUAUGGUAUGGCCAACAAUCUGGCUACAAAAUCAAUCGAUCCAUUGUUGGUCUAUGAUGUGAACCAAGACGCGGUCCAGAAAUUUAUCGAGACUCAUCCCAACGCCCGAGCAGCCUCUAGUCCAGGAGAUAUUGCAGAACAGGCUGCGACUGUCAUCACUAUGCUCCCAGAGUCUAGUCAUGUCGAGAGUGUGUACAAGGCAAUGAGGGAUGCGGUUGACAAAGACAGUAUUCUGGUUGACUCUAGUACAAUUGAUGCGGAUGUUUCUCGCCGGGUUGCCGCAGAUAUUAUGAGCAAGAAUGCUACUGCUUUUGAUGCUCCUGUUAGUGGUGGUACUCUGGGCGCUAAUGCAGGCACACUGACUUUUAUGGUUGGUGCCCCGUCCCUGGAAAGCUUUGAAAAAGUAAAGCCGGUUCUUUGUCAUAUGGGCCACAACGUUGUGUACUGUGGCUGCAAUGGGUCCGGGCAGGUAGCUAAGCUUUGCAACAACAUGCUUCUCGGCAUUUCGAUGAUCGGUGUCUCCGAGGCCAUGCUGCUCGGCACCCGUCUUGGUAUGGACGCUCACCUUUUGGCUUCGAUCCUGAACACUUCUACUGGUCGGUGCUGGAGUUCAGAUACAUACAACCCACAUCCUGGUGUCAUUCCUACCGCACCGUCCGGCAAGGACUACAAGGGUGGGUUCAGCAACAAGCUGAUGGCCAAGGAUCUUCGGAUUGCCAUGAAAGCUGCCAAAGACGCAUCUGCCGAUCCGGUGCUUGGAACUGUGGCAGCACAGAUCUACAACCAGCUGUCGGUCACAAAAGAUUUUGACUCGUUAGACUUUUCGAGUGUGUACAAGGUAUAUUUUAAAAAUAAAAUAGAUAGAUAA